AUGCAGAACAAAGAGUUCGUGGGGUCCUCGCUUCCUGCAAGCAUUGGGAGCGUCCCCAGCCUCGUUUCCCUGUAUGUGACCUGUGCUGCUCUCAAAUCCCACGCCUGGAGUGUACCUUUUGAGGUAACUGGCAGUGGGCUGACUGGGGCGAUUCCUGGCGAUCUCAGCGCAAGCGCCAACCUGAAGCACCUCGACCUCUCAAGGAACGCCUUCAUCAGCCUCUCAUCCGCCAUCGCCUCUCUCUCCAGCCUCGAAUACCUUGACCUCAGUAGCAAUGUCUUGGACGGCCCCAUUCCUCCGGAGCUUAUGACACUCACCAACCUUGCUCGCAUUGAUAUGACAAAUAACAGCCUCAAUCUCCUGCGUUUCCGCACCAAUACCCUCUCAUCACUCCGUCUCCUCUACAUCUACUCCCCCAUCCCCUGUCGCAUGGCAUGGGCAGAGACAUGCAGAACAACAGCCUCAACGGCUCCAUCCCUGAUACCAUCUCCAACCUCCAAGCCCUCACAUAUCUGCAUUGGCUCCAUCCCCAAACUCCGUACCUUGUGGUUGGGAACGGGCCCUGAGUGCCCCAAGGAGUACAACAGCU